AUGUGGCUCGUAACGCACGUGAACGUGAAAAGCGGCGUGGGGUCGGAGACGGGCGCGGCGGGGGGCGCCGGGUGGGCGCGCGACUCGGCCUCGGCGCCGCUGGACCUGGCGCCGGCGCUGCUAGCGGCGGGCGGCGCGUGCGGCGCGCGCUGGCUGCUGGCGGCGGCGGGCGGCGCGGCGCUGGCGCAGGCGGCGGCGCGCGCGGCCGCCGGCGCCUCGCCCGCCGCCGCCGUGGAGGCGCCGCGCCGCGCGCGCCUGCGAGGCGCCGCGCCCGUCAACGCCGUGCGCCAACGCGCCGACGCGCUGCUCUCGCACGCCGACGCGCGCGCCCACGGGCUCGCCGCGCGCUUC